AUUACCAUUGAGAAGAUUCCAGAAAAACUGGUGCUCAAUGCAUUUUCGUUUCUCAAACAUCGAGAGUUGGGAAAAGUGGCUCAAGUGUGUCGAAAAUGGCGUCUUUUGGCAUACGAUAGCAGACUAUGGAAAUCGGUUUCGUUAAGACCUGAGUAUUCUGGACUACAUGUGAACAAUGUAGAAACAUUGUUGGCUCUGAUCAACCUACGAUUUGGACCAACGUUACAUUAUAUUGAACUUCCAUGUGACCUAAUUACAGCCCCUAUUAUGCAAGAACUGUCAAACAAAUCACCAAAUCUUCGCUAUAUGGUUUUAGAUUUCUCCAACGCUAUGCAACUCCACGAUUUUAACGAUAUGAAUGCGUUUCCGUGUAAUUUACGAAGUUUGUGUAUAUGUUUAUCUGAAGUGAUAUUUUUGGAAGGAUUUAUGCGUCGAAUAUACAGUUGUUUGUCGUCACUGGAAGUUCUCCAUCUCAUAGGAACUUUUGAGAUGUCCACGGAAUCGGAAGAAGAUGUGUAUGAAGUCAUCAACAUCAGUAAAAUCAAAGCACAUACGCCAAAUUUAAAAAUUGUGAAUUUUUACGGAAUUAGUUUUCUAGAUGAUUCUCAUAUAGAACUGCUGACGUCAAACUGUAUUCACCUGGAAUGUUUGGCUUUGAAUUUCUGUCUACGUAUUAAAGGAGCCUCGUUUAAAACUUUGAUUCAACGAUGUAAAAAACUUAAAACUCUACUGCUGCAACAUUGUGGACUAGAAGACCAGAUGAUGACUGCUGUAGCUUGGGAAACAUCACAGAUUACUGAGCUAGAUCUAACUUCUACUGAGCUAUCUACAGACUGUCUGGAUAGUGUCUUGUCUCGGAUGCCUGGAUUUACUUAUCUUGGACUCGGACAUUGUGAAUUCUUCACAGAUAAGGUUUUAGAGAAACUAAUGGAGAAAGGAAAACUAGUCCGGCUACAGGCCAUUGAUAUUAGUCACACCCACGCCCUGAGUGAAAAUACCCUCUACCAUUUUGUACAUAACCAUGGUUACAAUCUCCGUGGACUGAUGUUGGCUGGAAAAUCAAAACUAACAGAAAACUUCUGGUUGAUGGUUAUUAGAUAUCUUAAAAACAUCAAAGUGUGUGUGCUGGGUACAGCCAAUGGUUGGUUUUUAAAGAUGCAGAGUCGAGUUCAUGUUGAUCAGAUCGUGGAGGCAUUCGCUCAACAAUGUCCGAGAAUGGAGAGGUUGGAGAUACAGUGGGAUCCUGAUACUAUACGAUACAGUGAUAAAUCUAGUAAAUUUAUUGAUCAUUUGAGAUUGAGAUGUCCCCAUCUUCGAUCGUUCACACUAAGUGACGGAGAAUAUUAUGAAAUGGUGAAAUCAAACUUUGAACGAGCCGAUAGAGUAAAAGUUGUUAGGACUACAACUAACUAUACAACUAGUAUUGUAUGCUUGUUGAACAAUUACAAAGAUUUACUCUUUAAUUGA